UUUAUUCCCGAGCAUUACCUAACGCUACCUAGUUGGUUCCUGUCCUGGGACGAACACCAGCACUCGCUCACUCUUUUCUUCUAACUGCGACCACAUGCAGACCUGAUAAGCACUCUCGCAUUUCCCAACUCUCUCACACCGCCAAAUUUCCUCUCUCUCUCUCCAUUUGUUUUCGUUUUCUUUUUCGUGUGGAAUUUGCAAUCUCCCAGAAACCCUAUCCACUGAUUCUUUUCCCAUCAAACUCGAUACUCAAUUCGAUUAAACGGAGUUAGGGUUUUGAUUCUCCGCAACCGUUGUCACAAUUUGGGUUCCUGCACCUUCAAUAUCCUCUCCUCUGCAACCGAAUAAGUGUUCCUGUUUAGGUUUUGAUUUGGGACUAACGCAAAGGAUGUAUGCUGAUCGGGUGGAGAGUGGAACUCGGAGAUCAGUGAAGGAACGCCUUGAUGGGAAUUUUAGCACUGAUUCUACUCGCCAACACAGAAUUACGGGAAAGAGGCAGAGGGAAGAUGACAAGUGGAAACAUGAUCUCUAUGAGGAUGAUGAACCCCAGCUCUCUAAUCGCAAGGUCACUGCUCAAGAUCUUCGUCUGAAGCUUCAAAAGAAAGGUCUUCAUCCUGGAGGUCAAACUGGAAAAAGUUCUGUUCAUGGUGAGCGGGAUCUCCGUGAAAGGCUAUCAGGGACAAUGACUCAACAACCUAAAAACUAUGACCCACCAAAGCCUAAAGUGGCUGCUAGAGCUGGCAGUAAAAGUAUUGAUGUUGAGCCUGCAGUACAUAUCAAAAGAUCAGCUACUAAAAAGUUGUCCCGAAAGGCUGACGCUUCACUGGAUGAUUUUUUGCAGUCAUUGGGUCUCGAAAAGUAUCUCAUAGGUUUUCAGGCUGAAGAAGUUGAUAUGACUGCACUCAAUCAUAUGACUGAUGAGGAUCUCAAGGCCAUGGGUAUACCAAUGGGACCAAGAAAGAAGAUACUUUUAGCCUUGGAGUCUAAAGGAUGAUAUUUUGGUCUUGUAUUACUAUAAUACCCAACACAUAUUGGUAGAGGCUUAUGUUUAUACUUUGCACUUGGUCAAGCUUUGCCUGUAAUUUUCUAAAAAUCCUUUUGGUGCUUUUAUUACCAUUUUUAAUCUUGUCUCCUCCCUUGCAUUGCUGGAAGUGGCCUAACAAGCUGUUAAUAUUUAAAAGACAAAAAAGAAGCAUGAAAGCUGGUUUGAUGAAGAUGCAUCUUAAAA